UAGCAAUACGCUGUUUGUACUGUUUGCUCAGCCACUGUGGCUGCCCGUCCCACACUGCACCCUUUCCAGACACAAGCCAGAGGCAACGUGUAUCUGAAUGUCCUUGCAACAACAGUAUAUCUAGACUCUGCCCGACACGCCGCGAUCAGCUGUCUCCAAUCCUCCGCUGGCGCAAGAUCUCCCUUGAUUGAUUGCUAUCUGCUUCUUUGGCAAAUUAUGAAGGCUCGGUAGUCAACUCCGCCCUUCGCACUUAUCGCCCUCACCACUCCUAACAACCCGACCCGGCGUUCAGCUCCUGACACUUCUAGUUCCGGGAAUCAUUGCCUACGCCCAAUCUACAUUCCGCAUUGCCAACAUGGGUUACGCUAAGAAAGACGAAGAUGCCGACCAGAUAAUGAUGAAGUUGGAUAGAACUUCUGUUUUCCAAGAUGCACGAUUAUUCAAUUCCUCGCCCAUAUCCCCGCGAAGAUGUCGGACUCUUCUUACCAAAAUCGCCGUCUUGCUCUUCACGGGGGAGAAGUUCCCGACGAACGAGGCCACGACGUUGUUCUUUGGCAUCUCGAAACUCUUCCAGAAUAAGGAUCCCUCCCUACGGCAAAUGGUAUAUCUAAUUCUAAAGGAGUUGGCCGGUACCGCAGAUGAUGUUAUUAUGUCUACAUCCAUCAUUAUGAAAGAUACCUCCGUUGGAAGCGAUGUCCUCUAUCGGGCUAAUGCCAUUCGAGCCUUGUGCCGCAUAAUAGAUGCUACAACGGUUCAAGCGAUUGAACGUCUGAUAAAAACCGCGAUUGUCGACAAAACACCUUCAGUUUCGUCAGCUGCUCUUGUUUCCUCAUAUCAUCUUCUCCCCGUCGCCCGAGAUGUCGUUCGAAGAUGGCAAAGCGAAACCCAGGAGGCUGCGUCAUCUGCUAAACAGUCCACCAGUUUCCUCGGCUUCACAACAAGCGGACAAGCCCAUUCUAUCUCACAAACCAACUACAUGACCCAGUACCAUGCAAUUGGUCUUCUCUAUCAAAUGCGGGCUCACGACAGAAUGGCUCUGGUAAAGAUGGUUCAGCAGUACGGUGCGGCGGGUGCAGUCAAGAGCCCUGCUGCGCUUGUGCUACUUGUCAGGCUGGCUGCCAAAUUGGCGGACGAGGACCAGAGCCUUCGAAAACCGAUGAUGCAGAUGCUCGACGGUUGGCUCCGACACAAGCAUGAGAUGGUAAAUUUCGAGGCUGCCCGAGCAAUAUGUCAAAUGAGGGACGUCACAGAUGCGGAAGCAUCCCAAGCGGUUCAUGUCCUCCAGCUGUUCCUUUCCUCUCCUCGUCCUAUCACCAAGUUUGCCGCAAUCAGAACCUUGCACAGCCUGGCCUCCUUCAAGCCCAACGUUGUGAAUCCAUGCAACCAAGAUAUUGAGGCCUUGAUUUCCAACAGUAACCGAUCCAUUGCGACGUUUGCAAUCACCACUCUUCUCAAAACCGGAAAUGAAGCUAGCGUUGACCGUCUCAUGACCCAGAUUUCUGGAUUUAUGGCCGAUACUACUGACGAAUUCAAAAUCACUAUUGUUGAGGCUAUCAGAACGCUCUGCCUUAAGUUUCCUAACAAGCAGGCCGGUAUGCUUACGUUCCUCAGCGGUAUACUCAGGGAUGAAGGUGGCUAUGAAUUUAAGAGAAGCGUAGUCGAGAGCAUGUUUGACCUUAUCAAAUUUGUCCCUGGAAGCAAAGAAGAGGCGCUCGCACAUCUGUGUGAAUUCAUUGAGGAUUGCGAAUUCACCAAGCUCGCAGUCAGAAUAUUACAUCUCCUGGGUGUUGAGGGACCCAAGACUUCACAACCAACGAAGUACAUCCGGUAUAUCUAUAAUAGAGUUGUUCUGGAAAAUGCUGUUAUUCGUGCUGCUGCUGUGACAGCAUUGGCCAAAUUUGGCGUUGGUCAAAAGGACCCAGAACUUAAAAGAAGUGUAAAUGUUCUUUUGACCCGAUGCUUGGAUGACACCGAUGAUGAAGUCCGUGAUCGUGCGGUGCUUAACCUACGACUGAUGAAAGAGGAGGAUGAGCUGGCGGAAAGAUUUGUUAAAGCCGAUUCGAUGUUUUCCUUGUCCACCUUUGAACAUCAGCUAGUCAUGUAUGUGACUGCGACAGACAAAGAGACUUUCGCGACGGCGUUCGACGUCAACACCAUUCCCAUUGUAUCACAAGAGCAAGCCCUUGCUGAAGAGCGAACCAAGAAGCUUACGACUGCGAUACCAACUCUUAAAGCCCCGUCUAUGACUCCGUCAAAGGCCAAACCAACUGCUGGAGCCGACGGAGUUGCUGCCGCGGCUGCUUCGACUCAAAAAUAUGCCCAGCAACUCGUCCGAAUACCAGAGCUCAAGGCUUAUGGAACGCUUCUCAAAUCAUCUGUUCCUGUUGAGCUGACCGAGAGCGAAACGGAGUAUGUCGUCAGCGCAGUUAAACAUAUCUUUAAGGAGCAUAUCGUCUUGCAGUAUGAUAUCAAAAACACAUUGCCAGACACGUUACUUGAAGAUGUUUCAGUUGUCGCUUCUCCGGAGGACGACGAUGAAUCAUUGGAAGAAGAUUUCAUCGUCCCAGCGCCGAAGCUUAUGACGAAUGAGCCCGGAAUAGUUUAUGUUGCCUUUAAGAAACUUGGAGGCGAACAUGAUUUCCCUGUAACAUCGUUUACGAACAACUUGAAGUUCACCAGCAAAGAAAUCGACCCUACCACUGGCGAUCCAGAAGAGACUGGCUACGAGGAUGAAUAUCAGGUUGAGGAUUUGGAUCUCACUGGUAGUGACUAUGUCAUUCCAGCUUUUGCUGGCAGCUUCGACCACGUCUGGGAGCAAACUGGCGCCAACGGUGAAGAAGCUACCGAAACUCUCCAACUUUCUAACGUGAAGGGCAUUGAAGAUGCAACCGAGCAACUCGUUGCAACGCUGUCACUUCAGCCACUCGAAGGCUCAGAUGUCGUGCUCAACAAUACCACACACUCACUGAAGUUGUAUGGCAAGACUGUUUCGGGUGGUAGAGUGGCGGCUUUGGUGAGAAUGGCAUAUUCGGCUAAAUCUGGUGUGACGACUAAAGUAACCGUUCGUGCCGAAGAAGAAGGCGUUGCUGCGACAGUCGUCGCAUCUGUCGCAUAAUUCGAACCUACUAUUUUCUUUUGCCUUUGAAAAAUAGCGCCUGUCGAUUAGAUAAUCAAUAAUCCUCUCUAAGUUAGCUAGUUAACUAACUAACCACUCCCCCUCUCUCUCUUCCCGCCCUCUCUUUUUUCCCUGACAAUGACGGGGUGUCCGACGCAUGCUUUCUCUUUGUGAGUGUUUGCCAAAGCUUUAAAUAUUAAGUACAGUGUUUGUGGAAGAAGUCGUACAUAUCACAUAUUGUUCUCCUUCCAUGCUCAUACAAGUCUUCUUCGAAUUGAGCACGUUAUAUUUCUCCCUUCAUGCGUUUCUCGCUUCUGGCUACUCUUACUACCUAUUUCUAGUUUGCGCAUUCGAUUAUUUUUUUUUACUCUCUUUAUUGAUCUUCCUUUUAAUAGCAGUAAUCAUGAACUUUUCUCAAAGCUAGUGCGACAGUCAAAGAUUAACGUAGAGCAUUUAUUUUCUUGUUGUCCAUUCCAUAUGGAUAAUCUCCUUCUAUAAAGUGUAAUAUCUAAAAGUUCCCGAAAACGCAUAGAUCAUUUCAUAAGGGUCAUUGCUUUCGAAAUGCAAGAAAAAGAAAUCAGUAGCCAAAACACCUGAACACCU